CUCCUCUCUAGAUCACAACUACAUCAAGCGACCAAUGCCCUCGAACUCUUUCUUGCAAGCGGGCACUCUGCCUUCAAAAUCAGCCUCGACGCCGUGACCGACUGUCCGUUGUGGUCAGGGAGGACACAGCGACAUGCCGGCAACAGUCAGGAGUUGUGCACGGGCCGGUUUUCCGUCAUCGAGGAAACGCCGUACGGACCAUCCACGAUAUCUCGAAUCUUUUCAGCGCCCCUCUCCUCCUUGACGACUUCCUCAGUGCUUCACCAUGUCUUCCUCUCUCAGUCUUGAAAGCAUGUUUGGUCUGCAAGGCAGGAUCGCCUUGGUCACCGGCGGCGGUAGUGGAAUCGGAUGGAUGAUCGCCAAAGGUCUCGCGACGAACGGCGCGAAGGUCUACAUCACAGGACGCAGACAGGCUAAGUUGGAGGAGUCGGCCGCGUCAUUCAACCAAAGUCAUCAGGGCAAGGGAUUGGUCGUAGCGCUGGCAAUGGACGCAAGUGAUCGCAAGAGUAUCCUGGCUGCACAGGAAGUCAUUGCGUCCAAAGAAGGCAAACUCCACAUCCUCAUCAAUAAUGCAGGUCAAACUGGCCCCGUCUCGCCCUUCCUCGAGAACACCAGCGGGCCGGAGCACAAAGACCCCGAGACACUCGGAAGGGCGAUGUUCAACAACGAGUCAUUUGAAGAAUGGGCGGACGUCUUCAAGGUCAACACGUUCUCGAUCUACUUCGUCACCACCGCGUUCCUCGGCCUGCUCGCGAAAGGCAGCGCGGACGUCGCUGGAUACACGUCGAGUGUGAUCAACAUCACCAGCAUCAGUGGGAUCAUCAAGCUCGCACAAAAUCACUUUGGGUACAACAGCUCGAAAGCCGCUGCAUCCCAUCUCACCAAGAUGCUGGCGACCGAGCUCGCCCUGAAGAAGAUCCCUGUACGUGUUUGCGCCAUCGCACCGGGCGUGUACGAGUCCGAGAUGACAUACGACACCAUCGGGCCCGACAUGGUGAACGUGGUUGGCAAGGGUUUGAUACCCGUACCAGAGAACCGGCCCGGAACUGCCGAGGAGAUCGCUGGGACGGUCGUUUAUCUCGUGUCGAAGGCCGGGUGCUACACCAAUGGCCAGGAGAUCGCCGUCGAUGGCGGAUACACCGCCGUCAACCCGUCUACGUGCUAACCUGGCAUCUUCAGCUCGGCACAAUUUCUCGAUCAAACAUAUACCACAAUCUGCAUACCUAUAGCAAUGAUAUAGAUUGAAGUACAUAGGCUGUCCUAGUGUUGUAUGGUAUCUGA